GUAAAAACUUUUUAAAGGGUCGGCCAUUGGUUCUCAUCGCUCAUCAUCGAAUCACUCUCCCGACAUAGAUUCAUAGCAUAGCAAUACCGUAUGCUACUCUACCCGUGUCGCAGUCUGCCAAUUCAACCAUGUCAGAUUCUUGUGGCGAUGACCCCUUGCCCAAGCCCCCGAUGGAGUUGGAAGUCAAAUGCCGCAAAGCCCUUGAAAGAUACGCAACAAUUACAAAGAUGGAUGGCACGAGACACUUCCCUUCAGACAUUCACCGAUAAUCUGCCAACAUCAGGACGUUCAACACUCAUGUCAGAGAUCGUCGAACACGCGGAGAAUCAUGCUAAAUUGAGGCAAUUGAGAAAUUUCUUGGUGGAUGCCAUUUUCAAACCAGCCGCACUGGCCCCUGAGUUUGACCAGGAUAUUGACAAGCAUAUCGCCACAAUGGCCGAAAGGUCACGCCCCAAAAAAGGGCGUCAAUAUCUCAGACGACAAUGCCUUCUUAGAGAUGACCACCGCUGUAUCAUGACUGUGCAGCUACGUGGUGGGCCCUCCGUUGGUACUUCGACCUUUCCGACCGCAACUUCCACCCAGAUAUCCUCCACGAGCCCGAAAAUACCAUAUUCCUCACGAUUGGAGUUCGUCAAGGAGUACCGACAGUUUCGGAUAGCUUUGGAACCUGGAGAAGGCAAUGGAAAUAUCUACACCUGCCGUAUCAUGGAUCCAGAGACCCGGAUCAUGUCUGUAGAUCAUUUUGCUCCCCAAGAUCAGCCCAUCACCUUGACGCAUGAUGACAACAUUCCAAUGCCUAGUAGGGACCUUCUUAGAAUACAUCAUAACUUGGGUAAAAUCUUUCAUGCUGAGCCACGUUUGAACUGGAACGUGAUGAUUGGAGAAGAAGGUUGUUAAUGGGAUAUAUUCAGCAUGUAUGAUCUUGGUAUCUAUGUAACAGCUUCCUUGCGGGAUCUAUAUGGUUUGAUAUUGAUGGAGAUGGAUUGCUAUUCAAGAAGGCGGACGCCGAGAGUAGUGAAAUAUACAUUACGCCCACCCAA